UGGUUCUAGUCUUUUCACUUACUUUCCGAGUUUGCAGAAAUUGUAGAACAAAAGGGUCAGCAUGGGAGACCGGAGAUGCAGCCUAUGUUGUUAAAGAAGCCGACAGUUCUUCUCGCAGUGACCCUCGGUAGCACCAUCAUCUUCGUACUAUUUUUCCAACCGAGCCGCCUGUCUUCUUCUCGAAAGCCGGACUCCAUGGCUGCUCGAAGCUUUGUUCUUUGGCUUCACGGGCUAGGUGACUCUGGCCCAGCCAAUGAACCCAUCAAGACCCUCUUCAGGUCUCCCGAGUUCAGAAACACCAAAUGGUCUUUCCCUUCUGCUCCUGAAAACGCCGUCACCUGCAACUAUGGAAUGAGGAUGCCUUCUUGGUUUGACAUCCAUGAGAUUCCCGUGACAGCUGAUUCUCCGAAAGAUGAAAGUGAUCUUCUUAAAGCAGUUCAGAAUGUGCACACAAUGAUAGACAAGGAAGUAGCUGCUGGGACAGAUCCUAAUAAUGUAUUUGUAUGUGGAUUUAGUCAAGGAGGUGCCUUGACCUUAGCUAGUGUCCUGUUGUACCCAAAAAAGCUUGGAGGUGGUGCAGUCUUUAGUGGAUGGGUUCCUUUCAAUUCUUCAAUGAUUAAAAAAUUCCCAGAAGAUGCAAAGAAGACACCUAUUUUGUGGUCUCAUGGAAUGGCUGACAGAACUGUGCUGUUUGAGGCUGGACAAGCAGGGCCCCCAUUCCUUGAACAAGCAGGAGUAAGCUGUGAGUUUAAGGCUUAUCCUGGUCUUGGCCAUUCAAUAAGCAAUGAGGAGCUGCAGUUCCUUGAAUCAUGGAUCAAGACUCGUCUACAGAGUUCGUCAUAGAGGUUUGAUUAUCUUAAGAACUGUAUCGGAUUAUUGUCAUUCCUUUGAGUGAAAUUGUUAAUUAAUUAAAUACUAUAAAAUAAGGGAGGGUGACUUUUGAGUAUAUUGUUUCAGAUUUUGGUUGUUACAAGUUGAGAGUCAACUUCUGUAUUGUUGCUUUAUUUAAAACAAAAGUUUCUAAACUUCGACUGC